GUUCUUCAGCGUGCUCUUCCGAGGUGGACGCCCAGGAUCGGGCAGAGAUGGAAGGUUCCAUCGUGGAGAGCAAAAGCAGCUUCUACCACAUCCUCAAGCUUCUGGACCGAGGAACCAGCAGUCACGUCUUCAAGUGCAAAAACCUGAACACCGCCAAGGACGUGGCUCUCAAGAUCCACAAGAACUACGCGCUGUUUGAAAACGAGAUCGAGAUGCAAGAGAUUGUGAGCGUGCUGGACCCGGACAAGAAGAGCAUCGUGGAGUUCAUCGAGACCUUCACUUUCAACCGACACCCGUGCCUGGUCUUUGAGCUUCUGGACACCAACUUGUUCAGCAUGGUGGUGGAUAAGAAAUGGAGGACCUUCUCGCCCAACCACAUCCGACCCGUGGCCCAACAGCUUCUGACAGCUUUUGAUGCCCUCAAGACUAUCGGGGUGAUCCACACGGACCUCAAGUCAGAUAACAUCAUGCUGGUCAACCACAGCGCCGCGCCCUUCCGGCUCAAGCUGAUUGACUUUGGACUCUCCAUCCGCACGGUGAACGCGCCCCUCAGUUACGGCUUGGCCCUGCAGCCCAUGGGCAACAGGGCGCCGGAAGUGGCCCUGGGUCUGCCCUUCUCCGAGGCCAUCGACAUGUGGUCCCUGGGCUGCGUGCUGUCCUUCUUGUACCUGGGCAACUACCUCUUUAUGGCCAACUCCAACUACAACAUGCUGCGGAGCAUGAUCGAGGUGGUGGGUGGCAUUCCCGAUCAUCUGCUGACUGCCAGCAAAAACACUCACAAGUACUUCAAGAGGAGCGACCGAGACAGCGACGGCGAUCAUCCCAAAUGGCGCCUCAUGACCGAGAGGGAGUAUCAGGCGAAAACUGGAGUUCGUCCCGAGUCUCUGCCGUGGUCCUUCAAGUGUUUGGAUGACCUGCUCGAGCUCAAGCCGGAGGUGAGCGAGCCGCUGGAGUUGGAGGAUCGGAAGGCCUUUGUAGACCUCCUCAAGUGUCUUCUCCAGAUGGACCCCGAGCGCAGGAUCACCCCCGAGGAGGCGCUCAGGCACCCCUUUCUCACUAUGAGCCACCUGAGCCAGCACCAGGCCAGCAGCUCCUACGUGACUGACAGCUUUGAAAAGAUGAAGUUCUGUCCAACGAGGACCUUGGAGAAGGAAGAGCCGGAGUGUCGCUCCGUGUCGGGUCAGUCGCUCAAGUCCAGGAACUGGCGUCAAAGGUUUUGCGGUUUCCUCGGCGCCAAAAGGACAGACGCUCCAGACGGCGCGUCGGCGGCUGACGAGAGGCCUCCCGAUCGGGCCCGUGGAGAGGAUGUCACGUCAAAGAGCUGGUGCCGCAAAUUGCUUCGGUUCUUCAGGACCGACGAUGGCGGCGAGCCCGAGCCGCUUCCUCCGAGCAGACUUCGAAGUCGACCCGGCGGCGGUCCAAAGGUCCCUUCUGAGAAGGCCCGGUGGUAUCAAAACUGCCUCUUCUUCCCAAUGAAUCGGAUCGUUCCGGAACCGCGCCGCCUUCCCCUCCGCCGAGGCGAGCCCCCCGUACAGGUCCAGACCUGCCAGGACCAGGACCUCCUCCAACCCGGACCUGAAAAGUUGACGCAAAGCCAGCACGCUCGAGCGGAUGACGACAGCCUGCCGCGACUCAACAAAUCCAGCCAAAUCGACAACGCGCCGCAGCUCGGCGAGUCGGCGCCGGGAGCCGACGAGCAUCCGUCGUCGCGUGUUCGCAAAGACCGGUCGGCGCCAGUCAACUGUGACCAAAGAUGUCGAGUUAACCGUGACAAGUCGUCAGGAGUUCAGCGGUCGUCCCGACUUAAGGACGGGUCGACGCGAGUUACCGAGACUACGGGAGUUGCCACGCCCACGCGAGGCAACAAGUCACGUGUUCAACACGCCAUCCCCGCCGCCGCCACCGCCACCACCACCGACAAGCCGAUCCGAGCUAAAAACGAUAAGUGGUCACACAAGUUGUUGCACGUCAAACACAACGAGUCGUCGCCGGUGAACAAGCUGCCGGUUAAAAAGCACGACGCGGCGUCACGAGCCCACAAGCCGCCGACGCCGCUCAAAACCGAGCAGUCGUCGCGAGUUGACAAGUUGCGAGUGAAAACGGACCAGACGGCGGCGCUCAACAAGCGGCGAGUGAAAAACGAGCAGUCGUCGCGAGCUAACAGGUUGCGAGUCAACGCCGACAAGUCGUCACCCGCCCGCACGAAGAGGACGGUGGCCUGAGCCGCGCCGGGGAGACGUGACCAUUGACCUCUCCCUCAACUGUCUGCCACACAAGAUGCUUUCCCAGAUGGACUGGAUUGGUAGCGCUGCAGCCAUCACCCGCCCGGCCGGCGCUUCCCCGGAGAGCGUCGGACAACGAGCCACACGAGUGACACGCCGCUGUCGGUCGGCCCUGCGCCCGGGUGGCUGCCGAGCUAGCGUUUCAAACUUUCAAACUAGCGUUAGGGUUUUACACUGGGGUUUCAAAGUAGGGUUAAGGUUUUAACUCUUUGCUGUACAAGGUCAUCAAUUCUUUGGAUGGAAUGUCACUUAUCCAUCCAUCCAUCUUCUUCCGCUUAUCGGGGGUCAGGUCGCGGGGGCAGCAGCAUCGGGAGGGACUGUCCCAUAUAAUUGUUUCCAAUGUAGAGAAAAUAUACAAUCUCCACAAAAGACUUUUAUGAACCUUUAUUGUAUUUCACUAGCUGACCAGGAGAUGGCGACAGCGUGGCAUCUGAAGACCAUGGAUUGUUUGUUCUGCUAUAGCCUAGGUAACUGAUUCACAAUUUGGUUUUGUCUGAUAUCAGAUAUUAAAUAAAGAAAGCCAACUGGCUGAUUGAUUUGUUUUAAUUGAGAGGGAAAAAAAACAGCAAAAGCAUUUCACUAGCUGACCAGGAGAUGGCGACAGCGUGGCAUCUGAAGACCAUGGAUUGUUUGUUCUGCUAUAGCCUAGGUGACUGAUUCACAAUUUGGUUUUGUCUGAUAAUAGAUAUUAAAUAAAGAAAACCAACUGGCUAAUUGAUUUGUUUUAAUUGAGAGAAAAAAAAACAUCAGCAAAAGCAUUUCACUAACUGACCAGGAGAUGGCGACAGCGCGGCAUCUGAAGACCAUGGAUCGUUCUGCUAUGCCGGUUUAAAAAAAAAAAAAAAAAAA